GCACAUCCUUGGAUUCCUAUUUCGAUUUCUGAAGGCUUCCCACCAUAUGGGUCGAGUUUCAUGCCUCAAGAACCUAUUUUUGCAUUCUUGCUUCAUUUUCAAACAUAACUGAGUCUGGCCUACUUGACUGGCUUUUCAGCAUGAUAUCAUGGUAUUAAUGGUCUAAUGGCCAAAACUACCAGUGUUUGGGUUGGGAAUCGUGCAAUUGAUGUGUGAAUGUAUUAUGUGAUUUUUUCCUUCUAGCAGCCAUAGACACAGAUUGUGUUCCACACAACUGGAGCUAUCUACACCAUCAGCCACACCGAUGUGUGCUAGGCUGGUCGAUAAGAAGGCCGGCUCAGUCUGGAUACAGUAAUCUGUGUCGCACGUUUUUCGCCGCGCCAUGGACCUGCCCUUCCGUCUCCGUCCAGAGUUUGCCACGCGGUACUUUGCCGCCGAAGUAUGCGUACGUAUCUUCCUACUGCUGGUCUUCCUGAAGACAGAACUGACGGACCCGUUUGAGCGCCAGAUCCGGCCGGAGGAGGCGUGGGUUUACAGUUACCCACAGAUGGAUAGCUAUGUGCCCGGCUCGGCGCUCUGGUUCCUGGUGGUGUCGGUGCCCGUCGCCACCAUCGGCGCCCUCUUUCUCAUCAACCGUGACUGGAUCGAUCUGCGCGAGGCCGGACUCUGUUCCUCGCUCGCGCUGCUUCUCACCGGCAUAGUCACCAACUGUAUCAAGCUCGCAGUAGGCCGGCCGCGGCCGGACUUUUUGUCCCGCUGCUAUCCGGAGGGCUUCCAGCGUGUCGACCUGCCCUGCACGGGUAGCGCCAUGCUCGUCAGUGAAGGACGCAAGAGCUUCCCGAGCGGGCACGCGUCGCUGGCUGCGUGUCUGGCCGUGUUCACCUGUCUGUACCUGUCGGGUAAGCUGGGCACGUUCACGGAGCGCGGCCGGCGCCAGUCGCACAAGCUGCUGGUGCUGUUUCCGCUGCUGGUGGCGGCGCUGAUCGCCGCCAGCCGCACGUGCGACUACCACCACCACUGGCAGGACGUGGUGGUGGGCGGCGCGCUGGGCGUCGCCAUCGGCUGGAUCUGCUACAGGCACUUCUACCCGGCGGUGACGGAGGCCGGCGCCGACCGGCCGCACUGCGUGGCCGGCGUGGACGACACGCCGCUGCUCCCACAGCACGUGCCGACCUCGUCCGCCGCCGCCGCCGCCAGCGAGAGCGACGUGAAGUGGAUGUAGUGAUGGAAUGGCGUGAAGGGGUGAAUCUCGGAGAGGGGCGUGGCGGUGCGGGUGAUCGUAUGCCGCGUGUGAUAAGAUCGGGUGAGGGUGUAAUAGACCUGUGGUAUGGUGAGGUCGGGUGAGGCCGCCGUAACCGUGAUGUGCGACAGCUUUGGGUGAAGGUGUGAUGAGAUAGAAUAUGAUGGAGGGAGGUAUUCGGCCAAUCGCCGUAGUAGGAUGUAUGGAAAGUUCAGUUGGCUCGUGCCGGCUGUUUAAACGGUGCAUUCCAUUAGGGAGAAAGAUGUGUCGACUGUCGUGCUGUGGUGCUUUCGACGGGGCGUGUCUCGGCCCUGCAGACAUAAUUUAAUGCGAGACGGGUACCUGCUCGUUGCAUUUCUUUCGAUAUCAGCAUUCCUGGAGAACGAGGAGCUUAUUCAAAGCCCCAUGUAUAUUUGUGAAAGACGACAAAAUAUACCUGUAAAUGGGAAA